UGACGUGGCACGGGGCGGGUCCGUCCACGCACAAUGGGCCAUGGAGUUCUCGUUCGAUGUGGAUGCGCUGCUCCCGGAGCGGAUCACGGUGCUGGAUCAGCACCUGCGACCCCCAGCCCGCCGACCCGGAACCACAACGCCGGCCCGUGUUGAUCUGCAGCAGCAAAUUAUGACCAUUGUAGAUGAACUGGGCAAGGCUUCUGCCAAGGCUCAGCAUCUUCCUGCUCCCAUCACCAGUGCAUCAAGGAUGCAGAGUAACCGCCAUGUUAUGUAUGUGCUCAAAGACACUUCAGCGCGACCGGCUGGAAAAGGAGCCGUUAUCGGCUUCCUUAAAGUUGGAUACAAGAAACUCUUUGUACUGGAUGAUCGUGAGGCUCACAAUGAGGUAGAACCACUUUGCAUUCUAGACUUUUACAUCCAUGAGUCACUUCAGCGCCAUGGCCAUGGGCGAGAACUCUUCCACUAUAUGUUGCAGAAGGAGCGAGUUGAACCACACCAACUGGCCAUUGACCGACCCUCACAGAAGCUGCUUAAGUUCCUGAAUAAACAUUACAACCUGGAGACCACAGUUCCACAGGUUAGAGGUUUCAAAGGGUAGAUCCUUACUGAUCCUUACUAAUGCUCAGCAAAGAAGUGGCAUCUUCCAAGCACUUCUUAUUCCCCAUUAUACAGGAUUCAUUUCAUACAGCUAAGCUCUUCCUUUUUUUGUGGUAACAUCUCUCAUUCUGCAGCUAUUCAUAGUCAUCUAUUUUAAUUUUUUGCUGUUCUGUAUACUCAGUAAUAUGUUUGUGCCCCAAACAUAGCCAGCUCAUUUGCAUCUCCUGGUUUUUACAGAGGUCUUUACUCAAUGUUUUUUAAGGCCCAGAAAAGUAUAUAUAUCUUAUCCUUUGGGAGCUUUGGCUUUAUAUGGAGAAUGUGGUUUGUGUAUAAGUAAAUACAGUAUAACGUUACUAAUGCUAUCCAUUCAUUUAGCAAGUAUUUAUUGAGUACUUGACACUGUUCUGGACACUAGGAAUACUUGACAAAACAGAUAAAAGUUUCUGCCCGUGUGGAGCUUAUAUCCUAGUUGGUGAGACAAACAUAAUGUAUGACUAUUUACUAUGGUUGAUGAUACGUGCUCUGGAAAGAUGAGAGCCACUAAGAAGGCUUGCGAGUACUGCUGUGGGGAUGGGAGUGCAUGGGCUUGUGAGUCAGAUAAUGGAGAGUGUAGAGAAGGCAUCCCAGGCAAAAGGAAUGGCUCGUGCAAACUCCAUGAGAUGGGGAUGUGCCUGAGCAAGUGAAUUGGCUGGUGUGGCUACAGCAGCAGGAGUGAAGGGGAGUGUGUAGAUUAGAUCACGCAGCAGCGGGGGAGGAAUAAUAUUUCCAAUCUGACAGGUUAUUGUAAAGGCUUUGGCUUAUGCUCUGAGUGGAAAGAGGAGAGUCAUAGUAGGUGUUUGAGCGGAGGGAUGAUACCAUCAUACUUUUAGCCAGAUCACUUUGGCUGUUAAGGAUAGGAGCAAGUAGACCAGUUAGGAGGCAACAAUCCUGAUGAAAAAUGGUGGUGGCUCAAACCAAGAUGGUAGCAGUAGAGAGGGUAAAGGGUGGUCAGAUUUUAAAUAUUUUGAAGUUAAAUAAGAUUUCCUGGUAGAUUAUCUGUGGAGAAAGAGAAAGAAGGAGUGAAGGAUGAUCCCAAACUCAGCCUGAGCCAUUGGACAGAUGAAGUUUCCGUAACAGAGAUGGUAGGUGGAGCAGCCUUGGGAAGAUAUAGUAGGAGUCCACUUUGAUGUUGUUAAUCCUAGGUUGAGUAGACAGUUGGGUACUUCUCUGGAGUUUAAAAAGAGAAGAGGUUUGGAAUAGAAAGGUCUCUGCAUACAUAGGGUAUUGAAAGCAGUGAGGCAGAAUGAGAUCACCAAGGAGUGAGUAUAGAGAAAGACAAAUGGUUCAAGGACUUGCGUCCUUGAGUACUCUUUUUUUUUUUUAAGAUUUUAUUUAUUU